AUGCAGGGGGCCACUGGUUAUUGCUGUGUUUCGCCCGCAGUGUCAAAUCCGUUUGUAGUCAACCUUCGAGAGCAACGUGUAAAUUGUGGCGGUGGCAUCAAGAUGGUAAGGAUCGGUGGAGGAAGAAGAGUCGAACAGGCUUGGCCAAAAUCAACAAAGAACAACAAAUGUUUUCUUUUGUUCUCAACUUCUGCGUAUCAGGUUGCGUGGUAUACUUACCCCAUCAUGGCCGCGAUGAAUCAAAGAAUCUAG